AUGGCGGUCAUCAGCACCCUGCCCAUCGAGCUCGUGGACGCGAUAUGCGCCGAAGUGGGGAACAAUAACACCAAAGAGCUUCUGGCGCCAAGCCUGGUCAGCAAGAGAUUCAACGCGGUCUGUUCCCGUCGCCUCUACCGGGCGGUGGGCAUCUUGUCGCGACGAAAACUCAUUCAGUGGCUCCGGACGGUGGAACGAAACCCAAGCCUAGCGUUAUUUGUUCAGACGGUCAUAAUCAGCUUCGGUCGACCGGUGAUGGACGUCUUCAUGGCUUUUGGACAACUCCUGCGUAAAGCGUUUCGCAACCUCCACUCGCUGAGGAUGCUCUGCCUCUAUCGCCCCCAUAUUGGCCUCAUUUCUUUCAUUUCCGAUAUCCACUUUCCGCAGCUCGAGAAGUGCAGCCUUCCGAGUUGUCGUGCAACCACCCGGUUCGUUCGCGUCAACCCCCAUGUUGUGGACAUCUGUAUCGUCCCGUUGAAAAACACACCUCAAGUCGAAAUGGAAGAUAGCACAACUCCUUUCACCAUGGCGUCGCUGCGUCAUUUUGUCGGCACACCGUCGUUAGCAAGGGCCGUGCUACCCGGCUCGCAGGUUCGCUCUCUACAGAUUCAUUGGGACCAAGCGGCGACUCUAAACCGACAAAUCAUCGAGCACACAUUUAUUUCAGCCUCGCAGGCCGAGGGUGAUCUCUCUAGUAUCUGCAACGACAUACCCACUUACCACACCAUUGUUUUAUCCAUCCUGCCGCUCCACCUAUCGCAACUCACUAACCUCACGUUUACUAUCCGGACGCCGGGCUCUUUCGCCGAUCGUGAUGCGUUCUUCAGCGCCGUCGACACCGCCAUCGUCCACUUACCUGCCUUGCAGAUUUUGCACAUCUCUGGACUGUUAACGCCUGAGGUUCCUGAUGUCGAAGACAUUGAACAAGUCGACGAAACUGUUGUGGCAGACAACUACGCAGAGUUCGUACACGAGCUGAAAGCUGUCCGCCGGUGGGGUGGCUUAUGCUCGACACUGCGGCUGUGUCAGCUUCACCUCACGGAAGAGUGGGUCCUUGUCGGCGAUCCGUGUAGCGCCGAAUCCGUGUGGAUUCCCCAUGGCCUUGCACUCAGCCCGCGCCAGACCGCCAUUCGCAAGUAUUGGUGGGCCCGCCUGGUGCUGUCCCCGUCAGAUGACGACCCCAUCACGCUCCCGGCGACGUACCUGCGCUUCAUUGAGAAGAUGGGCUCGGAGCAGUUGGCUCACUUGCGAGAGAUCAUACGCCGGGUCGAGGAUCGAAGUGAGCAGUCGGAAGAACAGGACACUGCAGAAUAG